AGCCAUGAGACCCAACCAAUAGUUCUUGCCACCAUGUUGCUAGUGUACGUGUGUGUAUUGCUGCAGGUGGGGGCGGGACUACACUUAGAAACACCCACGAAAAAUUAUAGGGAUGAUGUUGCAAGCUCGGAGGCAGCUUCCAGCGAGGAGCAUCUGCAUGUGCGAAAAGCUGGAGACGCUGCAGGCUCCUCCCAGGUGCAUCCCGGAGAGCAGGUGCUGGCUGCCGGAGAGUUUGGUCGUUCACGCAGGUAUAUUGGUGACGGCUAUAUAGGAGGACUGAAGGGCAGUAAUGUGGAUGAGGAAGAGGACCCGGUGACGGUGAUCUUAGUCUUCUAUGAGCAACUGAUGAUCUUGAGGAGGUCACUGCCAGCGGCAUCACACUUGGCUGUACCAUCAGCAAGAGACUCUUGACUCCAGCUCUUCAGAAAGAGCAGCUUCGUCGGUGGAGGCUGCUGGCCAAGCACGUUGAGGAGUUAACCUCGGUACUGGAAUUCCUCAGCAUCUUGGAGCAGUGUCUUGCUACUGAGGACUCGACGAAGACCGACUGGA